UCCCAAGGGAUGGUGGGACAAUUAGCAGCUCGUCGCGCCGCCGGCGUCAUUUUAGAGAUGAUUAAAGAAGGCAAAAUCGCCGGUAGAGCCGUCCUCAUCGCCGGCCAACCCGGCACCGGCAAAACCGCCAUCGCUAUGGGGAUGGCGCAGGCUUUGGGUCCCGACACCCCUUUCACCGCCAUCGCCGGCAGCGAGAUCUUCUCCCUGGAGAUGAGCCGCACCGAAGCGCUGACUCAGGCCUUCCGCCGCUCCAUCGGCGUCCGCAUCAAGGGGGAGAGGGAGAUCAUCGAAGGGGAAGUGGUGGAGAUACAAAUCGACCGGCCGGCGACCGGCACGGGCACCAAAGUGGGAAAGUUGACGCUGAAAACCACCGAAAUGGAGACGAUUUACGAUUUGGGCACCAAAAUGAUCGAGUCGCUGACCAAGGAGAAGGUGCAGGCGGGAGACGUCAUCACCAUCGACAAGGCGACGGGGAAGAUCUCCAAGCUGGGUCGCUCCUUCACCCGGGCGCGGGACUACGACGCUAUGGGGUCUCAGACGAAGUUCGUGCAGUGCCCCGACGGGGAGCUGCAGAAGCGGAAGGAGGUGGUGCACACCGUCUCUCUGCACGAGAUCGACGUCAUCAACAGCCGCACGCAGGGCUUCCUCGCACUCUUCUCCG